AUGGGCUCCCCUUGCCCGGCAGAGAAACAGCUGGAAAAGAGGCUCCCUGAGACAGGAGGGACGACUUCGGUGAUACCCAUGCCUUCCAGAGACAGGGGCCUGCAACCCGGACACCAUCACUUCAGCUCCCGCGGCCCUUUGAGUCAGUUCUUGCCACGCGCCGUGGAGCCCCCGUCCAUCAAGGGCAUUUACUACCGCAGGGCCCGGAAGCUGGGAGCGCAGGACGCCUCCUGGACGGCGGAGCUGAAGAAGGAGAUGCUGGUCAACGUGGGAGGCAAGCGGUACCUCCUUCCGUGGAGCACGCUGGACGAGUUUCCACUGAGCCGCCUAAGCAAACUCCGCUUCUGCCGGAGCCACGAGGAGAUCGCGCAGCUCUGCGACGAUUACGACGAGGAUAACCAAGAGUUCUUCUUUGACCGGAGCCCCAGCGCUUUCGGGGCGAUCGUAAGCUUCCUGGCGGCAGGCAAGCUGGUCCUCCUGCAGGAGAUGUGCGUGCUGUCCUUCCAGGAGGAGCUGAGCUACUGGGGGAUCGAAGAAGCCAAUCUGGAGACGUGCUGCCUGCAGACACUGCUGAGGAAGCUGGACGAACUGGCCGAGCUGCGCACGGAGGAGACGCUGCCGCGUCGGGCAGCCGGCCGCCCCGUCGUGCCCACGUCCCGCUGGGCGCUCUUCAUGAACCGGCUGCGGGACACGGUGGAGGACCCGCGGUCGGGGCUCCCCGGAAAGGUCUUUGCUUGUGUGUCCGUCCUCUUCGUGGCCGCCAUGGCCGUGAGCCUAUGUAUCAGCACCAUGCCGGACCUGAGGGCCGAGGAAGGCAAGGGGCAGUGCUCGCAGAAGUGCUACUACGUUUUCAUCGUGGAGACCGUCUGCGUGGCCUGGUUUUCCCUGGAGUUCUGCUUGAGGUUUGUCCAGGCCCAGAGCAAGUGCCAGUUCUUCCAAGGGCCCCUGAACAUCAUCGACAUCCUGGCCAUCUCCCCCUACUACGUGUCCCUCGCGGUGUCCGACGAGCCCCAGGAGGACGGCGAGAGGCCGAGGCGGAGCUCGUACCUGGAGAAGGCGGGGCUGGCGCUGCGCGUGCUGCGGGCGCUGCGCAUCCUCUACGUGAUGCGCCUCGCCCGCCACUCGCUCGGGCUGCAGACGCUGGGCCUCACGGUGCGCCGCUGCACGCGCGAGUUCGGCCUGCUCCUCCUCUUCCUCUGCGUAGCCAUCAGCCUCUUCUCUCCUCUGGUCUACGUGGCCGAGAAUGAGUCCGGGCGAGUUCUGGAGUUCACCAGCAUCCCGGCCUCCUAUUGGUGGGCCGUCAUCUCCAUGACGACGGUGGGCUACGGAGACAUGGUCCCGAGCAGCGUGCCCGGCCAGAUGGUGGCCCUCAGCAGCAUCCUGAGCGGGAUCCUCAUCAUGGCCUUCCCGGCCACGUGUAUCUUUCACAUUUUCUCGCACUCCUACCUGGAGCUCAAGAAGGAGCAGGAACGGCUGGAGGCUCGCUUCCGCCGCUUGCGGAACGCGGCCACAGCCAGUGAACACGAGCUCUUAAACGACGUCAAAGACCUGAUCCUGGAGGGCCCUGCCUUGCCCAUCGCAUACAUUUAA